AUGGGAAUCCCUUGUGCUAAACAGCAUCCUCAAUAGCCUGCCCAAGCGGUGUAAAAUUAACACGAUUUCUAAAAUCUGUUGGAUAAGAAACAAAGAAACUCUUUAGAGGUGGAGGAAGAAAACAAGGAACAAAAAUAUACUAAAAUUGAUGUUGCUCAAAAUUCAAUCGAUUUGAAUAAGAAACGUUAUUCAAGUAGAGAUAUGUCCAUCAUAUCAAAAUACAUUGAAAAUGAACUAAGUAUUAGGAUCUUAUUAGGUAGAAAACCAAUCUGUUAAACUUGAGAGACUUACUAUUGACAUGAGAGAUCCAUCAAUGAGUGUUAAGGGUGGAACAGUAGUAUAACGCAAAGAAAUCUCGCAAGAUCUGUAUGAAGAGGACGAUAGUCAUGUGUGUUACACAAUCUACACCAAUCCAAAAUAUAAACGCUUGAAAAGUAUAAAUGAACACACUAUGAUUCUGUUGCAUCUAAACGAAAACAAGGAAUAUUUGGAUUUGUUAUACCGAGUCACUAAUGAUUAUCAUUUCACUAUUGAACAUUAAGAUGAAUUCAAGGAUAUAUUAACUAGAUCAUAGGAUAGUUUUCUCUAAAAUUUAUUAAUCUCUGAAAAAUAUAUAAAUGAAUAUGGAAUCUUUCAUAUAAUUAGAGAAGCAAUAAAAUUUAGCAAAUUAGAAUUAAUUCUUUAGAAUGAUUAUACUCUCAAUUCAACAUAAUUGCAUUACAAUAAAUGUAACAACUAGAUCAAUUUUAUUAGUGUUUGUAGAUAUAAGUUUAUUCCCAAUAAUUUUGGCCACUCAACACAUUUAGAUUUUUUCUAUUGAGUUCACCUAAUCUAUUGUUUAAUACAAGAAAUUGACGAAUUCAAAUCAAGACUUGCUGAGAUUUCUAAACGAAAUAAAAGAAACUAUAGGAAAAGAUGUAAGAAAAACAAUUUAAUAAUUUAAUCUAGAUCUAAUUUUUAUCAAUUUCUCAGUAAAACUAAAAUUUGGUGUUAUCCUUCAUCAUCAAAAAGAUGCAAUCGAAUAGGAGUGCAAUCAUUUCGCAUAUCAAUACGGUUUUGAAUGGGAAGCUUGGAUUCGUCAGUUGUAACUCGUAGCCAUUGAUAAAGUAUGUUGGAUGCGAAUUAAGUGAUAUUGACCCUUGGAACAAUCGAGAAUUCAAAGAGGAAACAAGAGCAGACAGUUAGUACUCAUUGCAAUAUGGAUGGAAGUAUGAAUACUCAUUAAUAUUAGGCUAUUUGGUUUGAAUUUCAAGUAGUACAAUAUUUCUAAUAUAGGAUUUAUCUACUAUAAUCCAAAUCAUUUGUACAAUAAAAAUAUAAGGAUCUAUUCAUUGAGUGACAUCAACAAAUAUUCUAGCCAAUUCGAGUUGAUUGAUAUCAAGGUCUAUUGUGAAAGGAAACAAUACAAAAUAUUGUUUCAAGUAACAUAUUAGGAUGAUGAUUUAAUUAUCAUAGAUAACAUGGUAAAUAGUAGGCUUAUAUUCAUAAGGCAUAUCUCAAUACUUUGAUGAAUUCAAGAUUGACAGGGAUUUUAGUAUACGAUGCUGAAAAGCAUAUGAAAUAUUGA